AUGGUAGACGACAAGAAGCUUACCAAGAAGCAGCUCAAGGCUCAACAGUUUCGUAAGACUAAAGACGACAAAGAAGACGAAAAAAGUGCAAAACGAACAGCGGACGAAGCACUAGAAUCGGAACAAAAAGAUGGCGAAGAUCAAGCAGAAGUUCCAAAGAAGAAACGUAAGACGCGGAGGGGCAAAGGUGGCAAGGGCAAAAAGGGAAACAGAUUUUUGAUAUUUGUGGGUAAUCUACCGAAAGGUGUGACCAAAGUCGAUAUACAAGCGCAUUUCAAGUCGAGUUCGCCUGAUGAGAUCCGAGUUAGACCUGAUAAGAACAUUGCAUUUUUAGAGUUUGAUGCCGACAAAGAUCAGAAAAACAUCCAGUCACGCAUGGACGUGGCGUUGUUGCAGCACAAGACGGAAAUGCAAGGGCGGAAAAUCAACGUUGAGCUCACCGUGGGCGGUGGUGGUAACAGUCAGGCUCGAUUGGAGAAGCUCAAGGCUAAGAACUUGAAGAUGGACGACGAGCGGAAGGUCAGAACCACGAAAAUGAUUCAGGACAGCAAGGCCAAAGCAUCCAAGGACGUGCAAUCGGAUGGUGUUUCGUCGGGCGUUCACCCGGACCGUAUGAAACUGAUCCAAUAG